AUGUCCGAGGAGAAGACCUACACCCUGCAGACUGCCGGCUUCGACGCCCGGUUCCCCAACCAGAACCAGACCAAGCACUGCCAUGUCAACCCAACCCAACCCGACCCCGUUCCUCGAUCAUGUCUUGCUGACAAUCAGCAAAACUUCGUUGACUUCCACAAGUGUGUCAACGCCAAGGGCGAGGACUUCCAGCCUUGCCAGCAGUUCAAGCGCGCCUACAUGGCCCUCUGCCCCAACGAGUGGACCAACAAGUGGGACGAGCAGCUCGAGAACGGCACCUUCCCCGCCUCGGUUGAGCCUUAA